AUGCCUCGACUGACGAUGAUGAUGCGGCUUGCCACUUUGUUGCUAUCAGCAAGCUUGACUGGUGCACAAACUUUUCGACAGCUGCCAGGAUUCCAGACUCGGGAUUUCGGUGGCCUUGUUCCUAGGCAGUCAAUUGGAGAUGGCUCCGACUGUUCUAUUUAUGAUACCUGUGGUGAAUGUUUCGGCACUGGCUAUGUACUAUGCGACGACGCUGGCUGUUUUAACCCGGAUGAUGGCGAGCAAUGCUGUAAAGGCGGAGGCGCGUGUGUUGGGAGGAACAGCUCUUGCUGUCCCGAUGGACCGGGUACACCAGGGGAGGACGGGGCAAUUGACUACGACUCUCUCGAAGACGAUGAUGAAGACGAAGAGUCGAGCACUUCCUGGCUCUGUGAUAUCACCAUGACAGACGAGGAGUGCUGCGUAGCCGGCGGCGAGAACAUCCAUUGGUGCCCUGGCAACCUCUCAGGUGGGCUGUGCAUGAACUCAACAGACCAGAUAUGCUGCGAAGACGGCCACGUGUGUUUUGAAGAGGACUGCUGUGAUAUUGUGGAUUCAACGCCUGUAACGCCUUGGGAAACCUCUUCGAGCGCGCAAUCUACUCCAGAGCCCAGCUCCAGCUCCAGCUCCAGCUCCGACUCGGACUCGGAAUCUGACACUGAAUCCGAAACCGAAGCAAGCACCGAAACUACAACGCCCUCUGCGACAACCCCGAGCAUUGACACGUCAAGCCCAACUCCUACUGACGCUGGUGAAAAGUUGGCUGUCUUGCAAGGAGCAUCAGCGCUUGCUGGGGCACUUGUGGCCGGCCUUUUUGUCCUUUGA